CUUCCGUAUCGGUGAUAACAGUCACUAAAAACAGUCACCAAAAACUUACAAAACACUCAUUAGGAAGGGUUAGGGCUUGUUUCCAUGAAGCUUUUGAUAUCCCUGACGAGAUCUCUAGCCUCAUUGCCAACUAGAAUUUCGGUUACAGCUGCUCGAGCCCCAUUUCCAAAGACCCAAAUCAGAAGAAUGGCUACUACUGAAAUCGCGAGCAAGACUCGCCGUGACCAAUGCACUCUGUCCAACUAUGACUGCUGGACGACGAAGCAUACCAUUGCUGAUCUCUUCAUUGACUUUAAGAACCAGAAGCUCGAUGGAACAGUGACGCUGCAACUCGAGUCGUUGACUGAGAAGGAGUCCAAGGCUAUUAUCCUUGACACUAGCUACGUUGACGUAACCUCUAUCACCGUCAAUGGCCAACUCGCAGAGUCCGGAAGCUGGUCAGUUGCUCCGAGGAUGGGGCCACUUGGCUCUGCCUUGAUCAUUGAGAUCCAAGGUGGAGAGUCCAAAGGCCAGGUGGUAGAGCUUGCAAUGGAGGUCUCAACGACCGACAAGUGUACAGCUUUGCAAUGGCUCACACCUGCCCAAACCAAGAGCGACACGCCAUAUAUGUUCUCUCAGUGUCAAGCCAUCCACGCAAGGAGCAUGUUUCCCUGCCAAGACACACCAGAUGUGAAAUCAACCUACGAUUUCCUCAUCCACUCAACUCUUCCCGUGAUUGCCAGCGGAGUCCCCGUUGAGGGAGAGCAAGGCGUUGACUUCAAGUCCAAGACCGGAGCGAAGCUUUAUCACUUCAAGCAGAACAUUCCCAUGACCGCAUAUCUCUUUGCUCUCGCAUCUGGAGAUAUCGCAACAGCUCAAAUCGGACCGCGGAGCACCGUAGCCGCCUCCCCCAAGGAGCUCGAGGCAUCAAAGUGGGAGUUAGAGAAGGAUACUGAGAACUUCAUUCAAAUCGCCGAGAAACUCAUCUCUCCGUAUGUCUGGGGUCAAUACAAUGUCCUGGUACUCCCCGCUAGCUUCCCAUAUGGUGGUAUGGAAAACCCAGUCUACACGUUCGCAACGCCCACUCUUAUCAGUGGCGAUCGCGAGAAUGUUGACGUGAUUGCUCACGAGCUUAGCCACAGCUGGAGCGGAAAUCUCGUGUCAGCAGCAGCGUGGGAGCACUUCUGGCUCAACGAGGGAUGGACGACGUACUUGGAGCGCCGGCUCCAGGCUGCAGUGCAUGGGGAAUCGUACCGCGACUUUUCAGCUAUCAUCGGCUGGAAGGCUCUGGAGGAUGCAGUUAAUCUCUUUGGAAGCGAGCAUGACUACACAAAGCUUGUGCCGGACUUGAAGGGCCUUGACCCCGAUGAUGCAUUUAGCACCAUUCCCUACGAGAAGGGCUUCCACUUCCUCUAUUAUAUCGAGAAGCUAGUAGGAAAGGACAAGUUCGAUCAAUUUAUCCCUCACUACUUUAAUACGUGGGCCCAGAAGUCUCUGGACUCAUUUGAGUUUAAAGAUACUCUUAUCAACUUCUUUUCUGGCGAUGCCCAAGCGGCGGAGAAGGUGAAGGAAAUUGAUUGGGAUGCGUGGUUUUACAAGCCAGGGAUGCCACCAAAGCCAGAGUUUGACACAAGCUUGGUGGACAAGGCCUACGCUCUGGCUGACCGCUGGACUGCAUCGACAAACUUCAAGCCCUCGCCCGAGGAUAUCGAGGGCUUCUCCGCAAACCAGACUGUCGUCUUCCUCGAGUCGCUUCUUACUUCUUUCUCCAGGUCCCCGCUUCUCCCCAGCCAGACUACUCUAUUGGGCAACACGUAUUCGCUGUUCAAGACGCGAAACGUCGAGCUCUCCGCCAGGUUCCUGCAGCUCGGGCUUCUGGCCAAGGAUGAGAACGCGUACGCGCCAACCGCUGAAUUGCUAGGACGCGUUGGACGCAUGAAGUUUGUGCGCCCGUUGUACAGGAAGUUUGCAUCGGCAGAUAGGGAGUUGGCCCUCAAGACUUAUGAGGCAAACAAGGGCUUCUACCAUCCCAUCUGCAAUGCAAUGGUGUCGAAGGAUUUUGCGGAGAAGAAGUAAUUAGUUAUGACGCGAGGCAAAUGUAAAUGUUAAUAUGCAUGUGUGCGGAAUAUUGCUAUAAAUAUCUUUAGAGUCGAAAAUAUAAUUCUUAGAAC